CCAAUAGAAGAGAUCGUCAGCGUUCGAAAGGGAAGCGGGCCUGCCAAUGGGAAGCGCGCUCCCCCUCAACGGGGAGGAGCCAGGGCGAUGUGUCUGGCUGGCGGAGGAGCGCCCCCUGCCGGCAGGCCCCGCCCCCUCCGAGAUCAUUAUGUCAUUCGGCGGCCCUAAGAGCAGCAGCAGCAGCGCAAGGCGGCAGGAGAGCGGCUUCCCCGUUGCGGUUCCCGGUGGCUCGCUCUCCGCGUCUCCCGUGGUCCCGCGGGCUCGCCAAGGGGAUGCCGCCGCAGCAGCAGGAAGGAGAAGCCGGCUACAUUAGCAAGCCGCUCCCCGGCGGAGCAGCAGCAGGAGGAGGCGCGGGAGGCGGAGAGGUGCCCCCGGUGCCCCCGCGCAGGGUCCGCAGCAGCCGGGCGGCGGCGGCGCUAGGGGCGGCCUUGGGCAGCCGGUGCCGGGCUCCUGGCGCGGGGGGCGGACCGGGGCCCGGAGGAGGAGGAGGCGCGGAGCCCCGGAGGAGCCUCAAGUGCGUGCUGGUGGGCGACGGGGCGGUGGGCAAGACCAGCCUGGUGGUCAGCUACACCACCAACGGGUACCCCACCGAGUACAUCCCCACCGCCUUCGACAAUUUCUCCGCUGUUGUGUCCGUAGAUGGCCGACCAGUGAGACUCCAGCUUUGUGACACAGCCGGCCAGGAUGAAUUUGACAAACUCCGGCCACUCUGCUACACCAACACAGACAUCUUUUUGCUGUGCUUCAGCGUUGUGAGCCCUUCCUCUUUCCAGAAUGUGAGUGAAAAGUGGGUGCCUGAAAUCCGCCGCCACUGCCCCAAAGCACCGAUUAUUCUCGUGGGGACCCAGUCGGACCUCCGGGAGGAUGUUAAAGUCCUCAUUGAGCUGGACAAAUGCAAAGAGAAGCCUGUGGCAGAGGAGGCCGCCAGGCUCUGUGCUGAGGAAAUAAAAGGCACCUCUUACAUUGAGUGCUCCGCUCUGACUCAGAAAAACCUCAAAGAAGUCUUUGACGCAGCCAUUGUUGCCGGCAUUCAGUAUUCGGAUAGCCAGCAACAGCCAAAGAAAUCUAAAAGCAGGACUCCGGACAAAAUGAAAAACCUUUCCAAAUCUUGGUGGAAAAAGUACUGCUGUUUCGUAUAGUGGAUUUUGCAGAGGCCACAAAAAGAAAAUAAUUUCUGAAAAGAUGCCGUCUGAUAUCAAGAGCUACAUUAGCUCAAAAUCUGUAUUUCAGAGUGCAAAGACAAUAUCCUACAACUAUAUCUGCUGCUAAAGCCAUCGGUUUCUGUAGAAGUUGGGGCAAAAAAACAAAAACCAACCCAAAACCACCCUGUUCUGUUUGUCAGGCGGUGGAGUUUCACUGCUAAAAUCGAGUUGCCUCUUUUCAAGGAUGACUAGUUCACUUUCUUGUGAAGUUCAAAGCUAUAUAAAUGCAUAGGCUGUUUGUAGAAGAAGGAGCUAGAAAAUUGCCUCUUUUAAGCAAGCUAUAUGGAUGCAAUGGAGGACUCUGGAAGAAUGGAGCUCUGCAGGUGAAUUUUAGAAAAUGUGUGCCUCAUGGGACUUGGUUUGCAAGCCAGUUUUCCUCAACAUGGUCUUCAAAAAUGAUUCGAUGUGUUCCAGAAACCUUUGUAGUAUUGGUGAAUUAGCAGAAUCUGUACACAAAGUCAACAUACUACUCUUAUGGUGAUGUGCCUCCUUCGUGCGCAGUUUAGGGAUGUUUUAGUCCAGUGAGCUGCUUACAUAACUGGAUCUUGAUGGAUCGCUGACUGACUGAUCCCUCUUGUAUGACAUGAAGUGCAUGCCUGAUGACUUUGCAGAGAAUAAAAUGAUAUUUUGAAUAGCAAUGGGGCUGCUGUACAGUUUAUAGAGAUUCCACAGCAGUUCACUUUUAAUACAUUUGUAAAGGAUAUUCUUUUCUUCUUCUUAAAGAAUGCUCCAGAUCUCUGAGUAAUACCAGCCCCCCCCCCUUGGUGCUCAUUGACCUUAACCAUUAGUCAAGGAUGAUGAUACUUGCAAUCCAAAACAUUAGGCAUGUACCAGAUUGUAGAAGCUGGCCCAUGUCAUCACGUUUACUUCCUAUCUAAUUACAUUAGCUUUCUUUCCAUAGUCAAGAGCCACACAUUUAGGCAUCUCAGAGUUAUUUCAAUACUUGUCAGUAUACAUUAGGCCCUCUACUUUUGCAAGAAUUGGGGGCAGGGGACCCCACUAUUUUGUCUAGGACCAGGUAUCUAAGAAUCUAGAUCUUUCAGAGUAUCUCUACUGAAGUUUAUCAUAGAGUCACAGUGGGGGACCUACAGAUUCCUAGCAAGAACAUACUAAUCAACCCUUCAGACGUUUAACCCAUAAGGGCUGGCUGUUGUGCAAAAUGGAAUUUGGAAGGCUCGUCAGUCAUAAACAUUAAAGCAGGAGUGGAUGAGAAUGUUUAUUUCAAUCAUUUUUUUAUUAGAAUUGCAACAUUUCAAUGCCUUAGAAAGUGGAACUGACAGAUUUUCUUCAGUUGAAUCCUAAAUCCAAUUGCUGGCCUCAAUUAGAGGAAAAUAAUUGAAUCUGUGACAUUUGCAUACCCAUCGACUUCUCAUUCAGCAGCUGAUUGAGUGAAUCUACUCUAGUUGAGACCAGCAGUUGGAUUUAAGCCUAAGAAUUCCACCCACUGAAGGUGAUGGAAAUUUCUUGCAAGCAAAUGUGUAUGGCAUUGCAGUGUCUAAUUACAUGGCCAUGUCUGUUGGCCCUGAUUCAUAAUGUACUGGAAGGUUUUUCUGCCAGUUCUCACAUAGCAAUUAAAAUGUUUAAAAAGUGAUGGAAAUUGCAGGCUGCCUGGGGUUGUAGCUGCUUAGACUAUAAGCUUUGUUCAAGUUUGUAUGGUUUUCCAUGUCACCUUGGACAAAGUGAACAGUGGCUGGACGUGCUGGAUAUUUUUUGUGACUUAAAUCCUUUUUCAGACCAUUCAAAGAAAACAAUGACAGCAAAACUGUUUCCUUUUUGUAAUAGAUUAAACUGGGGAGAGUCUGAUAUGUUGCAGAAUGUUAUUUAUCUUGAUACCUGUCUGUGGGAAUCCCUGUUCUAAUUACAAGAAUGCAAAUUUUGAACUUUUUUUCCGUGUCAGGAGCAACCAGAGUUGCUUCUGGAGUGAGAGAAUUGGCUGUCUGCAAGGACGUUGCCCAAGUGAUGCCUGGAUGUUUUUUGAACUACAAGACGAGGACACAUGUAGGCAAAACAGACUUUUUUGGAAUCCUAAAGUUUGCAGAGCAUUAGGUUAAUGUUUCCUUUUUUUUCUUUUGUUUAUCACCUGAUUUUCUCACCUUUGACUUUAAAGUGGCCUUCGGAAUUGUUCAGUGAUUGUCUUAUGUUGCAACUUGGUCUUGGGUUCAGAGUUAAUAGGGAAUCAAUGGUUUCUUGUUGAUUUUAUGAGCAAGCCAUGGGGAGCCUUGGUCAGACUGGCUCUUCCUCUGUUUCUUCCUCCUUCCCCUUUUAUGAGAAAGAGAAAGGACACAUCUGGUUUCACUUUAAAACUAACCACAGUUCCUUGUGGUGUCUGAACUCAGGGAGGAAUACUUUGUUUAAUUAAUUCUAAUUAAGACAAAACUAAAGUGAAACUAUCGCGGCUUGUUAGCUGUGCAGUCAUCCACAUUUGCAAUUAUGACUUUUACGAAUUCGAUUAUUUACGGAUUUAAUUUAAAUGUUCUGUCUAGGACUUUCUGUGAUCAGCUUCCUCUGGUCAUGUUAAAGGUGAUUUCAAGAAAAAACAUGACUCUAGGAACAUCUUAAGUUCCCCUGUGCAAGUCUAUAGUCAGUUCCCAGCAGAAGUCAACACAGAGUCAUACUGGAAGACAUAGAAAUGCCUAGAGAGGUGUUCUCUCAGAUAAGAAAAUAGCAAUUUAUUUGUUUGCAGUUUUUCACUUCAUGGAGGCCCUACGCCCCUAACCCCAAUGAAUGUGGAGGGUUGACUGUAGUUUACCUUAAAGAGAUCAUAGUUCUUUGAGUUUAGACAUCACAGGGAAAUUGUUUGUUUAACAUUAAAGGUAGAUUCUAUCAGUUUGUACUCUGCUGUGUGCAAAAGCAGAAGGUGAGAACAGUUGUGAGUUCAAGGCUCCCAAUAGAUCUUUCAUGUAGCAGAGAACCUGGAUCAAUUUUGUAUGGGGAUAUUGUCCUAAAAAAUGUAUUGAUGACUUCAUUUUCCUUUUAGGCCUGCCAGGAUGUGUUCCCAGUUUUUAAUGUAGCUUUACAUCGACUCACCUUCCCUCCUGCCCAAAUAAAAUAGAAUUGUUAAAUUUUUACCUUUAAUGCAUACAGAAAAUGUAUCAUUUAAAAAUAAAUUGAAUAAUAAAAAAUAAUAAUUCACA